CGUCAUGAGCACAAUCUUUUUAUUAAUGCUGUUAACUUAAGAACAACGAGAUAAGCGCAUUAUCUCUUGAUCUUGCUAUAUAUUCUUCAGUGCUUCAAUAAAAUAUUUAGAAAUUCAACAUGCUAAGAAGGAUUAAUGUAGCUGUUUUUCUCCUUUUUAUCGCAGUAUGGAACACUCAGGCAGCUACAACUCAGACAUCUUCAAGCGACAGGCAAUCAUCAUCUGAUAGAAUCAAUUUAUCAAACUCAACUGGGUACAUAACAAAUGUGACUUCUGUUGUCGUAUCUACCGCAUCAAAAAGUGCAAACACCAGUGAUGCGUCAACCAUUGAUGAUGGAUCUAUCACAUAUUCUGCUAACGCAACGGAAAAUUCUGUCAUAGAGAAUAUUGCCAGCGCAGUCAAUACUUCAAAUGUUGAAGCCACUUCGGAAGCUAAUGUUACAACGACAUUAUUAUCGAAUUCUACGAUAGGCAACUCUAACGUCACGAUAUCUACGGAUACUUUGACCACACUAACUUCGAGCUCAACUAAUUCUACAAAUGCCACUUCAGCUUUGUCUGUUGAGAGCUCACUGAAUACAACAGACCAAUUACAAAUGAAUAUAGAGAAGAUCUCUGAUAACAGUACAGAAAAUUCCACAUUGGAUUCUUUGAGUUUAUCUAAUAAGAUAUUUAGUUUUGAUACAGCAGCCUAUACAAAUUUCACGGAAACGUCGGAUUCCUCUAUUUUAAGUAACUCAAAUUUUGUUAAUAGUACAAAUAUUACAGACACUUCAAGUUCAUCUGUAUCUUCCGACUACUUAGUAUCUCAUGAUGUAAAUGCAACAAGCUUCGCAAACUCUACGUUUAUUGCAGACGGAACAAAUUCAACCAGUUUUCUAGAAUUAGAAGAGACAGAUAUUUCAGACACUACGAAUUCUUCACGAUCAGCAAACAUCACUGGGCAAAAUAUUUAUAAUUCCUCAGCAAGUAACAUAGAAAUUUCUAAUUUUACCAUAACUCAAGAUGCUUCUAACAUAUCGACUAUAAAUUCAGCAAGCUCAACAGAUUCAAGUUAUGAAUUAGCUUCAAUAAAUUCAGUAAAUUCAACGGAAAACGAGACUUCGUCAUCUUCACAAACGUUAAAUUUGUUGAAUUUGACAAAUAGUUUAAAAGAGAAUACGUCUUUGGCAACACAGGAUACUUAUAUUUCCAACACAUUGAAUACAACAGCGUCAUCUAAUACGACUUCUGGUUCAGAAGAUGAAACUUCGGAAAAUUCAGUUAAGUCCAUGAGUGAUUCUAAAUCAGAUAAUUCAAAUAUUACAACAUCGAUUGAUCGAACAGACAAUACCAGCGCACAGUCCACACGAAAUUCUUCAGAAAUCCUCUCAUCCACAAAUACAAGUGAUUCCCAAGCAGUUUCUAGUUUAAAAGCCAAUUAUUCGUCCAUUCUGACAUCCAGUUCUGAAAAUGAGAAUUCUGCUAAUUUGACAGAAGCUUUAGAUUCCUCAAUUUUGAAAACAAAUAAUUCUACAAGUAGUUCAAAUGCAGAAAAUGUUUAUAAUUCAUCAUAUACAACGGGCGUUUCAAUAUCACCGUUAGCGAACUCUACAAGUUUUGUAGAUUCUGAGUAUGAUUUGGAUUCCAAAAACGAGUCUAGCUCAUCGAAUGCAACAGAAAUAUCUACAUCUGAAACUUUAAAUUCAACUAUUUCUAAGGAUGACACGCAUUAUGCUGGAGCUUCAAACUUUACUGCAUCUGUCGAAAGUAGUAACAUUAACAAUUUGCAAGGUUCUAUAAUUUCUUUAAAAUCAGACGCGCUUUACUCUUCAAAUUCAUCGUUAGCGUUUGAUAUUUCUAAUUCAAAUAAUUUAACAGAUAAUUUGGAUAGUUCUAUAUUAAAAAUUGAGCAUUCAGUAAAUUCAAGUAACACAGAAGAUACGGACAAUAUUUCUAGCUUAGAAACUGCUGUAAAAUCAGGCACAUCAAACACUACAGUUUCAAAUAAAUCAGCAAUUCAGACAAAAGUGAAUGAUUUCUUACGUUCAAGUAAUACGACUGAUGUCUUAACUUCAGAGGCGAUCAUUUCUUUAAAUUCAACAGCAGUGUCAGAUUUAUUGAAUUCAACUUAUACAAUUAUUAACACAGAGUUAUCAAAUUCUGUAAGUGAUAGUUCGAACACUACUAAUACAAUUGAAAAUUUAUCAAACUCUACAUCUACUUCAACUAGUGCACGAUCCUCGAGUACGUCAUUACCCACAAGUAGUUCGAAUUCGAGUAGUUCUGUAGAAUCUACUGAAUCUGCAACAUCUAAUAACAAUAACUCUGUAAACUCAUUAGCUAUUCAGAAUACUACAACUUCAAUAUCAACCGAAGAUAUAGAAACAACUUAUUCUACGGAUACCAUGGCUGUUAAAAAUUCCACCUCAGUUACUGAUACGGAAAUCGACACAAUUACAAAAAAUAACACUGGAACAACAGUUACUACAGUCACUACGGAUAGUACUAAUAACGAGACUGUAAUAACAAUUGUAACUACAAAUAUGACUAUAACAGUUAACGAUGAUUUAACAAAUAUAACAGAAAUUAUUGUUGUGACGAACAUAACAAGUAAUACCAAUACUACAGAAAAUACGAUUACUAGUGAUAUCACUGACAAAAUAACUACUGUUAUUUUUACGAAUACUACAAUAAUAACAACGAUUUUUGAUGGAAAUGAAACUACGGUUACCACUUCAACUUUGAACAGUACUGACAUUAUUGUUACUACGUCUGUUAAUGACUCAACAAAUUCUACAGCGACUAUAAUUUCUAGAAACGAUACCGAUAGAACUACUUCCGUGAGAACUUCUAAUGUUUCCAAUAAGACACUCAGCAGUGAAUCCACGAAUACGACAACAUUACUAAGAGUUUUAAAUGAUACAGAAAGUACUGAUACUGACGAUUCAUCUGGCAAUAACACAAAUUCUACUACGUUCUGCACCUCACAAGGUUACUUCGCAGAUCCUAGUUCCACGAAUUGCACUUCUUACAUUGAAUGUAUUGAAGACGGAGACGAGUACACUGAAACGACAUAUACUUGUCCUGAUAAUUCUCUAUUCAAUCCGAAUACAACUUUGUGCGAUUUUGACUACGAAUGUCCAACCGAUUCAAAUAAUUCAACUGAUACUUCCGACACCGAUGAUUCAUCUACCAACAACACAAAUUCUACCACCUUCUGCACCUCACAAGGAUACUUCGCCGAUCCUAGUUCCACGAAUUGCUCUUCUUACAUUGAAUGUAUUGAAGACGGAGACGAGUACACCGAAACGACGUAUACUUGUCCAGACAGUUCUCUUUAUAAUCCUAACACAACUUUGUGCGAUUUUGACUACGAAUGCCCAGCUGAUUCAAACAAUUCAACUGAUACUUCUGACACCGGUGAUUCAUCUACCAACAACACAAAUUCUACUACCUUCUGCACUUCACAAGGAUACUUCGCCGACCCUAGUUCUACGAAUUGUACCUCUUACAUUGAAUGUAUUGAAGACGGAGACGAGUACACCGAAACGGCAUACACUUGUCCCGAUAAUUCUCUUUACAAUCCUAACACCACCCUGUGCGAUUUUGACUACGAAUGUCCAACCAAUUUAAACAAUUCAACUGAUACUUCUGACACCGAUGAUUCAUCUACCAACAACACAAAUUCUACUACCUUCUGCACUUCACAAGGAUACUUUGCCGACCCUAGUUCUACGAACUGCACUUCUUACAUUGAAUUAGACAUGGGCGCCGCCCCAGAAUUUUGCGGCGGCGGCGCGCUGAUGAAUUUGACACAGCGGCGGCGUGACGCCGGCGGCGUGGAUGAGAUAUAUGUAUGAUAAAAAAAACUUCAAAAAUUAACAGAUUUGCAAUUCCUUUCGAUUCUCCUAAAAUUAUUCUUGCUGUCAUCCUUAUAGUCAUUGCCAUUUCCCUCCAACGCUCAUUUACACUCCUUUUUAUUCAUAUUUGCCAUUUCAAUCAUCUUAUCUACCACCGCAUUUCUAAAUUCUUCCGCCAAAUCGGCCCUUUCCAACCUGUGCCAUUUUAUGUUUGGAGGUAACUUUUCUUUGCCCUUUAUUGACUUUAUUGUAAACGCCACUUCCAUAACAAGGGGUCUGUGUUGCGAGUAUAUCAAGACCCAUGACCAUAACCCUAGCCGGCAUGCCCCUAUCAGUCUGCCCCCACUUCCGGUACCUUGGUUCACUUGUCCAAAGUGACGGUGAGGUAGACAGGGACGUGAUGCAUCGGAUCAAUUCUGGAUGGAUGCAGUGGCGACAGGUAACUAGCACUAUUUAUGACCCACGGAUGCCCCUCAAACUGAAGGGCAAAAUUUACAAAUCCGUAAUAAGACCUGUCGUCCUGUAUGGAUCAGAGUGUUGGGCAUUGAAAAAGAAGGAUGAGAAUAGAGUGCAUGUAGCAAAGAUGAGAAUGUUGAGAUGGAUGUGUGGGGUUAACAGAAUGGACAAAGUCAGGAAUGAGUAUAUCAGAGGAAGCCUGAAAGUAGCGUCAGUGGCAGAAAAAAUGAGAGGUCAACGUUUGUCGUGGUAUGGGCAUGUGAUGAGACGGUGUGAAACGCAUGCCACAAAGAGUGUGUUGAGUAGACCGAGGAAAAGAUGGAUUGAUUGCCUGAGAGAGGACAUGAAGCAGAAGGGAGUGGAUGUAAGUAUGUCUGACAGAGAGGAAUGGAAGAAAAGACAUGUUGCGCCGACUCCAAAUGACUUGGGAAUAGGGCAGGAAGAUGAUGAUGGCUCGAGUACUUGUAGCGGGCAGCAGAGCCCUUGCAAAUGUAGACAGCCAUGGAAAUUUUGCCUUCUUCUCAUUCCAAAAUGAUGGAAGGUCCGCAUUUUGGAAAUGGGUCGAUCCCCAAUAGCAGAAGCAAGAUAUUGCCAACAUUCUUGAUCUAAUGGAUGAUCUUCGAUUCCAUGACCAACAGCACUAUGUUUUUUGGAUAGUUUACUCAAAAUUGAUGAAGAACUAUUAAUAUUUAAAGAAACUGAAGUGUCCGUUUCAUUCAGAUAGGCAGUCGCUUCUUGUAAAGCACUGGUACUCAGUUACAUCCGGUUAGACUGGAAGCCGACCCCAACAUGGUUGGGAAAAAGGCUCGGAGGAAGAAGAAUAUUGCCUAAACAAUCGCGAACAAAAUGGCACGUCUUAACCUAACUCACGCCGCGCAGCUAAUGUCGGCGGCGGCGGCGGCGCGCGGGGGUUUCGCGGCGUGGCGACGCCGGCGCGGCGCCCAUGUCUACAUUGAAUGUAUUGAAGACGGAGGUGAGUACACUGAAACGGCAUACACUUGUCCCGAUAAUUCCCUUUACAACCCUAACACUACCUUGUGCGAUUUCGACUACGAAUGCCCAACCAAUUCAAACAAUUCAACUGAUAUUUCUGACACCGAUGAUUCAUCUGGCAACAAUACAAACUCUACUACCUUCUGCACUUCACAAGGCUACUUCGCUGACCCUAGUUCUAUGAACUGCACUUCUUACAUUGAAUGUGUUGAAGACGGAGAUGAGUACACUGAAACGACAUAUACUUGUCCUGAUAAUUCUCUAUUCAAUCCGAAUACAACUUUGUGCGAUUUUGACUACGUAUGCCCCACGGAUUCGGAUGGUUCUGAUGAUUCCUUCACAUGCUCAACAUCUGGAAGAUUCGCCAAUAGCGCUGAUACAUUCUGCCAGAGUUACUACAGCUGUGUGCAGUUGGCUAACGGAACCUUUGUCUUGAGUGAAUACACCUGUCCCACUGGAUCUGUAUUCGACCCCACUAACAAAUAUUGUACAACGAAUUAUGUUUGUGCUUCUUGAAUACUUUUUUUUCAGAAUCUACAAGCCGAAUGUAUUCUACGAUAUUUAAUGAAUCAGUAUUAAUUUUAGUAGCGUUAAUCCUAUUAAGAACAUCUCACAAGUAUUCAUUUUACUUUAUUAAACACUUUAUAGAUCUUGGCUGCUGGAGAUAAUUGUAAGCUGCCGUCAAAAUUAUGUAUGUGAAACUUUUCUUGUCUAAAUUAAAACAUAUAGAAGUUAAUAUAACAUUUAUUUUCUAUUUUAAAACACCUGGAGAUUGUUUUUUUAACGGCAGAGAGUACGUAAUUCAUGCGUCAAGUGUAUCAAUAAUAUGAUGGUGGUAAGCUAAGACUUUUGGAGCGUCUCCUGUGCAAAUGUUUCCACGAUACAUUCCUUAAAUACCUCGCAUGCUUUGGUUUGCUGCGUGUGGUUCUUCUUCUUCGUUUUACGUCUUCUAGAAACUUGUCUUUUGACUUUAAAUCCGGCAGCGGUUGUGCUUCAUUAAUUAAUAUGGUUGCGAGUUUUCUCGCUGUCCCAAGGUUUUGCUUGAACUUUAUACUGGAAAUAUUAUUUUCGUUAUUACUGAUCUCCACUAAGUUUAUAUAAGGCGUCAUUUUUGCCGGUACCAAACUGUAAUUAAAAUUAGUCUUCUUGAUAGUAGCGUAGUAAGUUCGAAAAUAAUUUUCUCUAGCUUUUUUUAUGAGUUCGGGAGUAAGGUAUUUUGAUUUAGCUUUGUCUCUUUUCUCUCCCACGGUAACAGUGCUCAUGGUGGUCUCAAAUUCAUCAGUAAGUCUCUUAUCAACAUUGAGAGUAACUUGUUUAUUAGCUAUGUUAUUGUCGCUAAAGCGUUUGUGAUUAUCGUUUUCGAGUUCAGGAAAACUUGUAACUAAAUACGUUGAUUCAUUAAUGCGUCGCACUUGGUAUGUUUUUACACUAAUCGAAAAUGUUGUGAAACUGUUGAAAACUAAUUGUAUAAAUAAUAUAUAUCUUGUAAUCAAAGAAAUCAUUAAAGCUUGAUCCUGUUAGACUUACUCGUCAUUUUGACAUAAUAUGACAAACGUCUCACCUGUCUUACCAUAUAAUAGACUAAAGACCGACAAAGACGAGACCAAGAAUAAGCAAGAAGUUGGUAGGUUGAAACUUAAUUUGAAAAUUUUUGGUACUAGGUAGUUCUAUUUGAAAGAUUAAAGAAGAUAAAUCAAUAAAAGGCAACGUGCAGUAAAAGUCCUUAAUAUUUUUUUUGUAUGACUAACAGCAAGAUACUGAGGUAAAAUCCUAAAGACCCGGCGCUAACUGAGAAGCGUGAUAUUAUCGCCUAUGGCUCUUAGUAAAAAGUGAAUGAAAAUCACACAAUGGACGUCGAGAGUCAGCUCCCAUCCCGCGGAAUCAAGGUCAAAUUUGUCUGGCAAAUCAUCCAAAUACACUUUGCAUCUCAACAAAGACUUACAGAGUAAAUUCUACUUAAUAUACUUGUUCUUUAAGUUGGAAUUCGCUAGUGAUGUGUCUUUCUUAUAUCGAACUGAAGAAAGAGUCUGAGAUAGUUCCCGAUGCUGUUAUUGUUUUCAAUGCCACCGAGCUCACGCUUCUUAAUUGCCAUUUCCGGUAAUGAAUAAGAAAGCAAUGGAGAAGAUUAUGAAA